UAUUUUUGCAAUUACUCUGAUAGAGUAUUUUUGCAAUUACUAUUGUAUAUUCCACUACAAGCUUUACUAUAUUACUUCGACUGUACGGUAUAUAUUAUCUAUGUUGUCUUUUUUUAGCAUACUUUAUAGGUUAUCGUUAGAUUAGCACUGUCCCGAAAAAGUUCGAUGAAAAUGCCACUGGAAAGAAACCCGUUUCCAUUUCCACAGUUGCAAAACGAUGACGACUUUGUUGGCUCGCGGUCAACUCAGAAAAGUCCAUUUGCCGACAAUACAGAAAAUUCCCAACAACGAGAUCCUUGGAAUCGUUUAAAUCGCACACCCACACUAGCGAGCGCAAGGCGUGAAAUUUAUCAUUUUGACCCCCAAGCCCCACAGGAUAGCUUGGAUUUUGUGAUCAAGUCAAAAUACGAUCACCACAACCAGUUUCUUAGUGGAAAUAAUAAGACACUUGUACAAAAGGAGACAGUUACUGAGGCCCAUGGGAGAAUAUUGAAGAACAGAAAGAAGGAAGAGCCUCCUGCAUAUGAUCCUAUGUAUCCACCACUGAAAAUUGCUGCAGCACAGAAAAAUGAAAGCCCUCAUUGUGUAGAGGGUGCUAUACAGAGCCACCACAGUGCAGCAACAAACAGAGGAUACUCAAGACGCCAUGAUGGUGGCUUCUACUCUAUCUAACAAAAUAACUCAAUCUCUGUUUAAUCAUAUAUAUUGUUGGAAUGAAAUCUCAAACUGUUUUUGUAACCUGCACUUAAACUCUUGUGGAAAUUUAUAAAGUGUUGCUCAAUAUGUGUGUAUUUAAAUACGUGUGAAAGUAUAUGUGCGUAAGUGGUUUUACAUGUUUAACUCUUAUGUGGUGUACCUUUUUCUAAUAGGAAUAGAUUAAAAAAUGACUGAAUUUGAA